AACUCUUUUGUGUUUUUAAAAUUAUGGAGUGCAUUUUUACAUACAUACAAACAUAAAAGAUUAUGAUUAAACAGGUAAAUCGCAAGUGUUUUGCUGGGCUCUGGCAGUUGUAACCAUGGUGCACUCAGGCUAGCUUUGCAUUAUUGUAAGUCAGAGAUGUUUUCUCAGUAUUAGUCAAGCCUUCAUCACCCACGACACAGAGACUAGACUGCAGAGGAAGUUGUCAUCCGUGCACCUGCUCCACCUCAUUCUGUGCAAAUCUAGACACAUGCACGGAAGUAUGGUUUCACUGCAAAAGGAUACAGGUGGCUACUAGCUGUGUUAGUUGUGAGUGAGUGUAGGUGGUGCCAAGCUCUUUUUGUAUUGUCAUGGAGUAGAAUGACAGAAGCUUUAUGUAGACAGGCUACAUUUUGGGGUAAAAAUCUAACAGUUAUUGAGCAGAAAAAGACUUCUGUGUUGGGCAGGUGAGAUCUAGAGAUGGGGACGAUCCCGGACGACAUCAAAAGACUCUUAGAUGAUUGUGAGUAUUUUGUAACAGAAAUCCUUCAAGAUGAGAACCUAAGUGAGACUGCAGUGGAAUCACAGCAGGUCCUGCUGAAUAACUUCAGAGUGGUCCAUACAAGACAUCCUCAGGAAUUCCCCACAAAAUUGGACUUAAGGGAAGAUGAUGGUUCUGAUGACAACCGCAGCUCCAGUCUGGGUCGCUCGGAUGACGCCUCAGUAGCUUCUGAUUAUCAAGAUGAUGGAGGCCCUGAGUAUUUGGGUGACAUCCCAGCAGUGGCAGCUCAGGACCUCAGCAACAUCUUAAAGCAGGGCUACUUGGAAAAGAAACGAAAAGAUCACAGCUUCUUUGGCUCAGAGUGGCAAAAGAGAUGGUGUGUCCUGAACAACUCAAUAUUUUACUACUUUGGUAGUGAAAAAGAUAAACAGCAGAAAGGUUCAUUUUAUAUCGGUGAGUACAGCGUACAGCUGGUGACCAACCUGAGAAAAGACUCCAAAAAAAAUGCCUGUUUUGAGAUCAUUGCUCCCGGACGACGGGCCUUCCAGUUUUCUGCCAGCAGUGCACAAGAGGCCAGAGAAUGGGUGGACCAAAUCAAUUUUGUUCUCAGAGAUCUCAGCUCCAACGUCAUCCCUGUCGAUGACGAUGAAUAUGAGGAAGAGGAGGAGACCUAUGAUGACAUUGAGGGGGUGAUCAACUCUAACCCUCCACCGCGGCUGGCUCAGGCCUCCCAGAGCAGACAGGGCAGCAAACAGGGAGGAGAUGGAGGACAGGAGGCGGAGGAGGUUGAGGACGAGGAUGAGGAUAUCUAUGAGGUCCUGCCAGAUGAGGAUUUUCCAGAUCCACCGGAUGAAAGUGUCGAGAACAACAAACCAGCUUGGUCAUCAGAUUAUUCUAACUACUACCAGUGUUUAUGGGAUUGCCAGGCCGAUGAACCAGAUGAGCUGGACUUUCAGAGAGGAGAUCUCAUUUACAUCAUCAGCAAGGCACUCAUGGAGAACGGCAGGAUGGAGUGGAAAGAGAUUUAUGGCACAAACCCAUCCAGGGUCCUUAAAACUCUGGAGUACAACAUUCACGGCUGGUGGGUCGGUGAGCUGAACGGCAUCAUGGGUAUCGUCCCCAAGGACUUCCUGCAACCUGCCUAUAUCCUCUGAGCUCCAGCAGGUCUGCUGCUGCUGACACAUCCAGCUAUAAUUUCAUCAAUAAACGUCAGAUAAUCAUUUGUGAUCUGAAAAGCUUUCCACUUGCAUGCUGCAGUAGUUGUUCCUGUACAUUAUAAACCACCUAUAAAUGUAUUUUCUUCUCUAGGAUGUGCAAACUAGAGCUUGAAAAGUUAGUUGGUCAACUGGUUUGGAAGAAACAUUUUAUCAUUUCAUAAUCUAUAAAUCAGUCAAAGAUUAAAAAUUUAGGUAAUUUAAUCAGUAACAGCUUUGAGACGUUUUAUAAUCAUAAAAAUGUCUGUUUUCAUAAAGAAAAUGUUAACAAAGCCUACAUUAAGCAAUUAAUUCAUUGUUUGAAAUCAGCCACAUUAAAAUAUGUAUAUGGUUAUUUACAUGCAAUAUAUUUUUAAACUGCACACCUUCAGUAAACAAUAUACAAAUAAAAAAUAAAAAAAAUGUCUUUUUCUGUCAUAGCCUUUAACCCCUUAACA